AUGGCCUUCCGAAAUGUCGAUAAAGGUUUCCAGAGUUCUGCUGGACAAGACGUGAACCCGGAUCUUGAUAUUGAAAGGAAAACUGCCUCCUUCAGCGUAGAGAGGCUUACCAAUAUACUGGAUGGAGGUGCUGAAAACACCCAGAUCCGGCGGAAAGUCAAUGCAGUUCUCCAGAGCGACCCAGAAUUUAGCAGAGAAAACCAGUACUUCCAGAGCCAAAACGAGAGAUACGAAGCUGCUGUCAGAAGAUCUCUUUACCUCUCCAGGAAGAUGGAUGAAAUGGGAUGGACCACUGAUGGACCCGAACAGAAAUAUUGCUAUAGGGCGCUUGGCGAUGACUUGGCAUUCACAUUGCACAAUGUCUUUAUGAAGAGCAUUCUGGGAUUGGGCACAGACAAGCAGAUAGCCAAGUGGAUCCCUUUGGCAGAAAAGCAUUACAUUGCAGGGACUUAUGCCCAGACUGAACUGGGACAUGGAACUUACCUUCGGGGUUUGGAGACCAUGGCCACUUUUGAUGUUACCACGCAGGAGUUCAUCCUCAACACACCAAAGAUCUCUGCCAUGAAGUGGUGGCCGGGAGAUAUGGGAAGAACAGGAACUCAUGCUAUGGUUUUGGCUCAGCUUAACAUAAAGGGAAAGUGCUAUGGGAUACAUCCCUUCAUAGUGCAGAUCCGCAGCCUCGAAGAUCACUCACCAGCUCCAGGAGUAACCGUGGGGGACAUUGGUCCCAAAAUGAACUUUGCGCAAUGUGACAAUGGCUAUCUCAUGUUGAAGAAUGUCCGCAUCCCGAAGAAAAACAUGCUGGCCCGGUUCUCUCAGGUUCUGUCAGAUGGCCAGUACAUCAGACAAGGAAGUGAGAAGAUCAACUACCUGACUAUGGUUAUGUUCCGUGUGAGCAUUAUUCGGACCGAAGUCUUAACCAUUCUGAUGAAAGCAUGCACUAUUGCUAUCCGAUAUUCUGUGGUGCGGAGACAGUCAGAGUUAAAACCUGGGGACCCAGAGACAAAGAUUCUGGACUAUCAGACUCAGCAACAGAAGCUGCUCCCUCAGCUGGCCACAGCCUAUGCCUUCCACUUUGUCUGUGACUACUUGCAGGAAGUCUUUGACAGAGGCUAUGCAGAAACCAAAGAAGGGAAAUUUGACUUGCUUCCAGAGCUUCACGCACUUGCUGCUGGUAUUAAAGUGAUCGCCACAGACUACAGCACAGCCAGUGUGGAGGCGUGCCGGAGGGCCUGUGGGGGACACGGGUACUCUCUCCUCAGCGGCCUGCCUUCCUUGUACACUACAGUGGUUGCAUCCUGCACUUACGAAGGGGAAAACACUGUUCUCCUCCUGCAGACAGCCAGGUUUCUGGUAAAAUGCCUUGAGAUGGUGAAGGCUGGACAAGCCCUUCCUUCAUCAGUUGCCUACUUGUCUUCCACAAGCUCUGGAAAAUGCCGAGCCCAAGAGAAAAGAGAUUUCCUAAAUCCAGAUGUUUACACUGAAGCGUAUAAACAGAGAGCCUUCAGGAUGGUAGAAAAUGCAGCCAUUAAACUUCAGUCUCUGAUUCAAUCGGGAACACCAUGGUACGAAGCGUGGAACUUGGGCUCUGUACAACUGGCACGGGCUGCUAUGGCUCACAGCCACUACAUUGUAGUGCAACACUUUGUCAAAACACUGGAGAAAUUUGAAAAAGAAUUUCACAUCCAAAGGGUCCUGAAGCAUCUCUGUGACCUCUUUGCCUUACAUGGGAUCUUCUCCAAUAUGGGGGACUUCCUGCAGGCCGGUCACCUCUCUGGGAAGCAAAGCGACAUGGUGACCGAAUCUUACCUGGAUCUCCUGGCUGUCAUUCGGCAGGAUGCUGUUCCACUAGUGGAUGCUUUCGACUUCUCUGAUGCAAAUUUAAAUUCGGCCAUUGGAUGUUACGAUGGUCAUGCCUAUGAGAGGCUUUUUGAGUGGGCUAAGAAGUCACCAACCAACAACCAGGACAACCAGACCUUCGAGAAGUACUUGAAGCCUCUUUUCCAGAAUGCCCUGUCGAAGUUAUAGAAGAUGGGGAUGAAGCCGAGGGAGCUCCAUUUGCUGGCGCCCUCGAAAUAACACCAG